AUGAUGCGUCUCGAUCUCCCACAACCUCCGAGGCAUCUGAGACACCCCGUUGCGGAUGGCUAUCGUACCCCAACUGUUGAGGAUACAGAGAAAAUCUUGUCGAAAACACUCUCGGUCAACGAUCGGGAGGGUGUAUCACUUCAGCCAACAGGCUCCCGUGUGCGGGAGGCACACUCCUCAGCUCUCGAAUCUACACAUCCUCCUGUAUGCCGGACAUACAAUGAAGCCGACAAGACCCCAUCCGGGUAUAUACCUGAACCCACUGGUGGCAAGCUCGACUGGAAAAGACGGAUACGGCACUUCACCUGGGCAUUUUUCACUCUGACGAUGGCCACAGGCGGGAUUGCCAAUGUCAUAUAUAGCAUCCCUUACAGAUUUCGGGGUUUGGACACAAUUGGCAUCAUCUUUUUCCUCGCAAAUAUCGUAUUCUAUAUUGCAAUCUGGGGUGUACUCCUUACUCGGUUUUACUUGUUUCCGUAUACUUUCAAAGUAUCUCUUUUGCAUCCCACAGAGUCAUUGUUUGUUCCUGCAUCGGUAGUUUCGUUUGGGACCAUUCUGAUUAAUGUUUCGCAAUAUGGAACGGAUAAUACAGGACCAUGGCUCACAAACGUCGUUCAUGUUUUGUUUUGGGUCGAUUCUGCCUUGGCCGUUAUUUCGUCGGCCGGAAUUUAUCUUCUCUUAUGGUCUACGCAGACGUUUACUAUAGCGCAAAUGACGCCAAUCUGGAUUUUUCCAGCCUAUCCUAUGUUGAUAAUUGGACCCCAUGCCGGACUUUUGAGUGCCAAGUUGGAGCCCUCUCGAGCAUUGCCGAUAAUUGUUGGAGGCACAACAAUCCAAGGAGUGGGAUUCCUAGUCUCGCUGAUGGUUUAUUCGGCAUUCAUAUACCGAUUGAUGUCUCAAAAACUACCGAAAGAAAAUAUUCGACCUGGAAUGUUUGUUUCUGUAGGUCCGAGUGCUUUCACAGUUGCUGGUAUUGUAAAUAUGGCUGCUCAGGCUAGCAGGUCUUUUCCGGACGAUUUCAUGGGCGAUGGGAUUUUGGCAGCGAAUGUCAUGAAGAUCAUUGUGAACUUUGCCUCCCUAUGGCUAUGGGGCCUAGCACUGUUUUUUUUCUUCAUCGCUAGCUUUGCGCACUUAUCGGCCAUAGGUCCUGGUCGAAUGGUCUUCACAAUGGCAUGGUUUUCGUUUGUUUUCCCGAAUACUGCUUUGAUAACAUCAACAUUCGCCAUUGGCAAUGCGUUUUCCUGCAAGCCAAUUUUGAUCAUCGGUUGCGCCAUGGUCAUUCCUCUCUUGCUGAUGUAUGCCUUUGUUGUUUAUAUGAUGGUCCGCGCUAUCAUCCUCCGACAUAUCCUUUGGCCGCAAAAGGGAGAAGACAAAGACGAAGGUGGGUUUGAAAUCAAAGAGAUGAAGCCAGGCGCGCUCGGUGAAGAUACUACUCCUGUGUAG